CUACGUGGCUCACUCACCACCGUUCAUUAUCCCCAGACCGCUGCUUCGAGGUUACUAACAGGGUUAUAGCCCGCAUACGCAUACGCAUACGCAUACGCAUACAUCUCAUGCGCUUGCUUUGCUUGUCGGGAGGGAUGAAGCUGCCUUUGGGUAGCGAAGCGCUCAGUCGGCUUGAAACCGCACAAGAGCCGAGAAACUGGGAGGCAGGUACCAUGCUAGCUUGGUUGUGCCUGAACGUGGGCAGAGUUGCCUUGCCACGCCCGUCGUUUCAUGCUGCCGGAGGUUUAGGGCUUGGUUAUACAAACACAAACCCACAUACGACCUACAUUAAGUACGUGAAGCAUGUCUCAAGACGGAAGGACGACAACAAAUAUGUCUCAGGCGCGAGUAUGCCAGCGAAGAACGAUCUACGUCUCAGUGUGCACAUUGUGCUCCCGGGCUACCUCGUCAACUCGUCUACACCCUUCCCAGUUUGCGGCUUCAUGGGCAUCGUGGAAAACGACUAGUUAGUCCGCGAAUCCAGUUUGGGCUAGAGAUGGUCGUUCAAGCGCGCACACGCCCGCGUGCUGUGCCACGUUGUCACGGAUAUGUCCGAUGACUCCUACUUCACAAGACAGAGGGAGAAUGGGAAAAAGAGCAAUGUCGUGCCUCGGUGACAAUCCUACCAGCCACAAAAGCUUACAUGCACCCAUAUUCAUGGAGCUUCACCUUCCACCACACCUUGCCAGCUAGGCUAGCUAGCUAGUGUUCCCUGCUCGCCUUACCUGAGCAAUUGGCCAACGAGAUGAUUGCGCAAGUCCUGGGAAACACAGGGUGAAUCCUGCACACUCCUCCCGAGACAAUCCCGGCGGGUCUGCUCAUCCCGUUUGGUCGUGUUAGCCGAUUUUCAAGCAUAGAGCUGGUCUUUGACGUUUUUCGAUAGCCUCAUUCUCCAGAUCCUCA